AUGCGGCCCCGGCUACCCCCCCUCGUCCGCCCUCACCAUUUCCUCAUCAAAUCUCUCAACCCCCAAAUCCCCUUUCCGAGGCUCAUCCUCGACCCUAUCUCAGCUUUCUUUCACUCAACAACCCCCUCUUUCUCCUCCUCCUCCUCCUCCUCCUCCUCCUCCUCCUCCUCAGAGCCUUUCAACCCCGACUCAUAUCUCCACACAGCCAGGCAAAAAUUCCUCACCCAACGUCCUACCCUCAUCCCCGACGUCCUUUCGCCAACCCCCUCCCACCUCCUCACCCUCUCCCUAGCCGACUGCGCGCCAGACCUCUUUUCUGCUGGAUUCAAACCCAGACAUCCGAUACUAAAUACCCGCCCUUCUUCCGAGAACGCCGUCAGAGAGCAUGAGCAUGACCCCCUUGUACUACCGCAGGGACAUCACCUAGUCUACUUCCCCCUGCAACUCCCCCCAUCAAAGCUCAUGCCCGACGGGACGGAUCCGGCACACUGGCCUGGGGAGCCGUUUAUGCGAAGAGUAUGGGCCGGGGGAAAAGUUGUGUUUCAUGAGGGGUGGCGAGAGGCGUUGAGGAUGGACGGACGGGGCGUGGUGUGUGUGGAGAGAGUUUUACCGGGGGUUGUGUUCAAGGGUGAUAAAGUGCUUGUGCAGGUUGAGAGGGGGUAUUCCGUUAAAGGGGAGGAAGAAGGGGGUGUGGUGGUGGAGGAGAGAAGGGAUUUGGUUUUUAUGAGGGAGGCUGAGGGGACGGAGGGGAAGGAGGGGAAGGAGGGGAGUGGGAAGGUUGUGAAAGGUCGGUAUCUGACCAAAGCUCUUAUUACCCCGUCUGCGGAUUAUGCUGACUGCGACGUAGUCCCCUUUACCCCCGACUUCACCUACCCCCUAACCCCUAGCCGAACCCUCCUCUUCCACUUCAGCGCCCUAACCUACAACGCCCACCUGAUCCAUCUCGACAGGCAGUACGCUCGCGAGGUAGAAGGACACCGCGAUCUGCUUGUUCACGGCCCUCUCACUCUGGUACUUAUGCUGUCUGCUCUGAGGGCGUCACUCGAUCGUUUGCAACAAGACUCCCUCUCCUCUUCUGAUCUUGGCCAGGAAAAGAUGCCAGUGAGCCGCGUCAAGUCGAUUGAGUACCGGAAUCUGGCACCGUUGUAUGUGGACGAAGAGUUGAGGAUUUGCGUGCAAAAGAAGAAAGGCUGGAAGCGCGGUGUGCGCGCAGGGGAGAUGGACUGGGAUGUGUGGGUUGAGGGGCCGGGGGGCGGGUUGGCGGUUAAGGGGUCUGCCGUGACUAAAGCCAUAGAUGUGUAA